UACUGAUUUAGCUACCCGUCGAGUAAAGCAACAGAAGCACUGCUGAGAAUGAGGGUUCUAAUUGUGUUUUCUUUGAGCCUCCUCUUGUGUCUGGUGGAUGUCCACUCUCAGACGGUUCCUUACGUCUCCUUCAUGAGCCAGACUCUGGCCAACCAUUCCUAUGUGGACCUCAGUCAAGUGGGGAGACCUGAUGUUCCUAAUGGUGGUGAAGGUGUUCAGUGUAUCACUGACCUGAGCACAUGUUGUAAUAGUAGUCAGGGUUCCAUCGUGGAGACUGGUAUUUCCCUGAUGGAACUAGACUGCCUUUUCUGCAUCUGAUGUUGAUACCUAUGAGGCUCGUUUAUCUCGGAGAGUUGACAUACGUCGUAACACUAAUGCUAACUCACCAACUAUUGGUAUCUAUCGCUGUGAUAUUCCAACUAAUGCUGUCCAUGAUGAUACUGACAUCUCGGUGAGAGACACAGUCUAUGUCGGACUAUAUACUGCCAGUGGAGGAAAUAUCACAAUAUCAGGAAGUAUAGUACUGACUGUUGACUCAGACCU